AUGGCUGCAGCAGUCGACAAUCCGGAAACCGUGUCGGGCCUUAAGGUUCCUGGCACGGUACAUCUAGUUGAUAUGGAACACACUAUGCAUGCCCUUCAUGCCAAAGGCGGUGAUAUUGUGCUUCAUCCUGCGCCCUCCAAAGAUCCCAACGACCCUCUCAACUGGUCAUCUCGGAGGAAGCUGAUGGCAAUGAUCUGUUCGAACCUAUACACAUGGUUCACUGGAGUCGCCGUGUCGACUGUGUACUCUGUCCUCGUCCCUCUGUCCGAAAGCAGCGGUGUGUCUGUCUCUACACUCAACGAGGGUACUGGAUACAUGUUUCUUUUCCUCGGAUGGGGGCUGCUCUUCUGGCAACCUCUCGCGCUGAAGUACGGCAAACGUCUAACAUAUCUCGUCUCUGUCCUGGGUGCCAUUGGCACAAGCGUGUGGGGCGCCUAUGUCAAGAGCAAUGGGGAGUGGAUUGCGAAGUGCAUUCUGCAGGGGUUCUUCAUAGCUCCCAUUGAGGCGCUUCCUGAGAUUUCCGUCACUGACGUUUAUUUCACUCAUCAACGCGGCACUCAUAUGGGCGUCUACGCCUUUACCCUUGCCGGUAGCAAUUACUUCACCCCUGUGAUUUGCGGCUUCAUUGCCGAGUACCAGGGCUGGCGAUGGGUCUUUUACUGGCCGGCCAUCUUCCUUGCCUUUGUGUUCGUCUUCCUGUUCUUUUUCAUGGAGGAGACGAAUUAUACACGCCAGAAGAUUGAAAUGGCGGCAGCCAUCGACUCGCCACCUCAAGAGCCGACGAUGAAGGUGGACCCAGAGAAGAACCCCACCGAGUCCAACACCACGGUCGCCCAGCCCUUGUCGACUGAGCAGGGUGAGAUCAACGCUCCUCCCAAGACAUUUGUUCAAAAGUUGUCACUAUGGCAGCCAAACCCAGGUCAAAACAUGCUAUGGCGGGCGGUUCGGAGUUUGAAGUACCUUGGCUGGCCCGUCAUCUUCUUUGCCGGGUUUUCGUACGGGUCGUACUUGAUAUGGUUCAACGUCCUCAAUGCCACAGCCUCCAUCAUCCUCGGGGGACCGCCAUACAACUUUAGUUCCUCCAUGGUCGGUCUCAGCUAUCUGUCUUGCACUAUCGGGGUCAUAGUCGGAUCGCUCGUGUCGGGCAACCUGAGUGACUGGUUGACCAUCAAGCUUGCCCGCCGCAACAACGGCAUCAUGGAGGCUGAGCAACGCUUGUGGCCCUUUGUAAUCUGUUUGGUUAUCUUGCCGGGCUCCUUGAUCCUUUGGGGAGUAGGAGCUGCUCAAGAAAUCCAUUGGUUCGGCCUCGUCUUCGCCAUGGGCGUCACCGCGUGCACCACCACCUUUGGAAUCACUCUUUCUGUCAAUUACCUUAUCGACAGCUAUCACGACAUCAGCGGUGACGCGAUUGUGACUGUGAUUCUCGUCCGGAACACAAUGUCGUUCGCCAUCAGCUACGGGAUCACCCCAUGGUUGACCGAUAUGGGCUAUCAGAACUGCUUCAUUUCGGCAGCGUUCAUCGGCAUGGUGGCUUCUUCUGCGUUCCUCAUCAUGAUCAAAUAUGGCAAGGGCUUCCGUGAACGAAGCGCCGCGAGGUACUGGAGCCUGGCCAAUGCAGAGUAA